AUGAAGCAGAAAUUGGGCGGCGAUACCGAGCUGGCAAAGAAGCUGAUGCCAGAUUUUCCUGUUGGCUGCCGCAGAAUCACGCCUGGCGACGGCUAUCUCGAAGCACUCACGGCAGAUAAUGUGACCGCACGUUUCGACCCAAUUGUGCGCUUCACGGAGGGCGGUAUCUUGAGACAGCCACCUGCUGAUACAGCGCCAGAAGAGACACAAUUCGACCUAUUCACUGGGCCAAAUAGCCCUCUCGGCCACGGCAGUCUGUUUGGAGCACUCGAAGCCUCAGCAAACUAUACCCUGAAACGGUGCUCCAAGAUGGCCAGCGAGGGAAUCAAGUCGGUCACGGUCAAGCCUGACGUCCUUCGUGAAUUCAAUGACUACUCGCAAGCUUUCUUGCAGCAACUGUGUAUUCAUCGGGUUGCCGAUCGUGGCACAAGAACCACAAGAUCGAUGGCCGUGUGA